AUGUUAUAUGAAAUGGGCCUUGUAUGCGGGAUCACUGUACACACUAGACUAGAACUAAAUAAUGACAAACUAAGUAAAUCUUGUAUAGAUCAUAUAUUUGCACGAUCCCGCUCACAAGACUUAUUCACGGCGGCACUCGGUACUACACUGGCCGAUCAUCGCGCGGUGAUACUCGCUUGCAUUGUAUUUAUAGACUAUAGUAAGGCGUUUGAUACGCUUUGUCACGAGAGACUAUUAGAGUGCCUGCAUGACAGCGGUAUUAGAGGCAACCUAUUGGACUGGUGUUCGGACUACCUCAACGAUAGAAGAUACACUGUUAGAGUCUGUAAUGCGACUAGUGACAUAGUUAUUGCUACGGAGGGCACUGCGCAGGGCUCGGUCAUCGGUCCAUUGCACUAUCUGACGUACGUAAAUAGCCUUACAAAUGUGAUUAAACACAGUGAGACUUAUCAAUUUGCCGACGACACUUGUCUUGUUGCUGCUGGGUCCGAACCUCAAAAGGAAAAAAAACGGAACCCUUAUACUCAAACUAUCACUUUGUUGUCCAUUUGUCUGUCUGGACAGAUUAGUGACAUCGAGGGCUCGGUGCGCGAGUCGGUCUAG